AUGGAGCAAAUUAUUAUUGUGUUUACACUUGCUUAUGUGCUUGUGGCACUGUGUUUCAUAGCACCUCCGAGGGAGUUCGUGAGUGCUGGAUUAACUGUACAAAAUAUAUUGUCCAGUUAUUUAGGAAGUGAAGAUAUGGACUUCGUUGGUUAUCAUUUAAGGAGGACCACGUCGACACUUCUCCUUCAUUCGUUUCUUCCACUUGGUGAAGUUUUUCUAGUGCUUCUUGAAUUUUGAGCUUCUUAUUUGCUUUGAAUAUUCUUUGAAUUGUUGGGCGUGAUAAAUAUAUGACACUUGGGGAUUUGUCGUAGGGACUAGGAAACCUUUUAGGUCAAGACACAAGAUGAUAAUUUGUCAAGAUUUCCCAUUCUUCAUUAUAAAAGCAGUUUUUCGAGAAAAUAAAUUAUAUAAUUAAGAUAAAUUCUACACGUGGUUUAAUUACUUAUUUCUUAUGAUCUAUUCGAGGACAGAGGCGUGAUGUCAUGCAUGCGUGACGUAAGAGGUCUCUAUCAACAACAUUUUGCAUUUUAUCAUAAAAAACAAAUACAUUCCAUGUUGCCGUGGGUCUGUAAAGUAACACAUCACAGAAGACGUCAAGAUGUGAUAAGAAUAUCAGUAUGUGACACACUUGGCUGUGCCUUGUGUGCCACCAUUUUGUCCUUACCACUUUUUGACAUCAUCUGUGAUCAAUUACUGAACAGAUCUAGAAUCUACAAGUGAAACAAUUUUGUGGUGUAAACAAAAGAUUAAUGAAUAAAGGGGGUAAGUUUGAAAAGAAACUGUGGUGCUGCAUCAGUGGGAGAGUAAAGCAGGUAAUCUGGUGUUAACAACUGAGUUGAAAACGUAAAUUGGCCACCAUAAAGAGUUAAAAGGCUGACAUCAGAGCGAAGGGUUUACGCUCUGAUGAAAGGCUUUGUGGAAGGGCUAAUGCUUGAAAUAUCAGACUUUUAACUCUUUACAGUGGCCAAUUUACGUUUUCAACUCAGUUGUUAACACCAAAUUACCUGUUAAACAAAAGAUUACUUUGGGACUAAUUAUAUUAUACCUAUUUGAUACUGAUGCAAAGGUUUUUUUUUAUUUGCCUUACCUCAGGUUACUAUAUUGGCUUAGGACUAGUUUCACCUAAGCUCCAUUUAUUCAAUCCAGCCAGAGGAGGUGGUGCAGCAAAUGUACUGCUACUGGUUUGCUUGGGUAUCGCUCUUGGUGGUGUCAUCUGUGCUAGAUAUUGGUCUUGGAACAAAUGGUAAGCUUGUGCAUGAAGAGAAACCUUAUUCUCCUUCUUUUUUUAAUAGCAAGACUGUUUGAACAUUCCACUUUCAUUGAAUUAAGUGGAAUGAAAAUGUUGAGCUAUACAAAAUAAAAGGAACCUGAGGCAGUCUGGAUGGCAAGGCAAAGGAAAACAUAAAUUUCUGUCUUUCUUGAGAAUUUGGCCUGGAUGUGUCAGCUAUCUCUAAAUGUAUUUUGCCUUAACUUAUUUGCUCUGACAAAGGACUAAUGCUUAAAAUGUUGCCUUUAGAAACUCUCCAUGGUGGCCAACUCACGUUAUAUACUCAAUUAAUAGAGAAAAUUACUUUGUAAUACCCCCCCAACAAUGCAGCACCAUGGUUUAUUUACUUAGAAACUUACCUCUUACAUGUAUGGCUUUUACAAAUCAGCUCUUACUAGUAGCCUUAAGUUCCAAAUAGGACAUGAAUAAUUUCCUUCUUGAGUCCAUGUUCUCAAACUUUUGUGAUAUUUUAAGUAUGGUGAGAAAAUGUAUAUCAGUAUUUAUGCAUGUAUGUAUGUAUGUUAAAAACUUUCUGUUUCUUUUUUCACAGGUCAAACCAUCCAUUUGUGAAGCUUUUACUUAAACAUGGCACUCCAUGGCGAGCUGUUGCAUCUAGUGUGAACAUAGAGUUCCGUCGCAUUACUAAAUUCUCAUCAAUCAUUGGGGGAACAAGUCUUUACAUCACAGAUUCUUGGAUUGUGAAAUGCUCAGCCUAUAAAGUUGACAUUGCACAUCAACCUGAUGUUCACCUGUCAAUCAUUCAUGCUGAGGACCAUGACAUUUCUCAUGAGAGUAAUGUUGCUGUGCAGUUCUUGAAUAUCAGGGUGUCCAGCAUAACUCCAGGUGUUAAACCUUUUGUGAUCCGGCUCAAUUCUACAGAUUAUGGUGACCUGAGAGAGAAGCUACAAGCCCCAAUUAGGAAUGCAAGAAAUGUUGUGAUACAUCAGUCACUCAGUGAUAAGUUUCUUGAAGCCUUCAAGGAGCAGGUGUCCCAAAAUGAAGUGUACCAGUUACAAGAGGGGGAGGAGGUCAGCUGGAAACUGCAUUUUAACUUCAAGUCCUCUCUUUAUGUCAGUGAGAUCAGUAGAAAUGAUCUCAAAAACCAUAACAAUAACCCCAAUUAACACUCAUAUAUAAAUGAUUUAGUGCUCUCCCACUUAAAUAACCCGCAAAGCAAGACAAGGCAUGAAGCUGAUUAAGUUAAGAGUGAAUUGCCCUCCUUAAUCUCAUUUAUUUGAGCUUGUAAGCAUUAAUUAUUGGACAGUUGUAUUAAGCAAUCAACAAGGAUUAUGUUUUGUCUCGAAAAUGUCCUGAUGAACUAAAAAGUGUCUGUUUAUUGACAGUGGUUGUUGUAAUCCAUUUUCUCAGCAAAAAGGAUUAGUUUGUCUCUUUGUGCUGUUAUGAAAUUUAAACAACACAGUAACCUAAAAAACAGGCUGGUACCUGUUUUAAUUUACUUGUUUACUAAGCCUCAAGCUACCAGUUGUUGGUAAUGCUUAGCUGUCCUUAACAUGUACCUUUCUCUCUGAUUUAAAAAAAAAAUUACAUGAUGUAAACUUCUUAUUCAGUAAUUAAGUAUACACUGUUCCUGUGAUAACAUUAUUUUUAACUUUAAUUGAUCAAGUCUUUUUUUAGUAAAUGCCUCUUCAUGAUAUUUCAUUUAUAGCUGACAAAGUACUUUUAUGUUUUACCCCAAAGGAACCAGAGCCUUGCAUUGGUUGCAUGCAACAUCCAGCAAACAUUAAACUACAAAAGAUGUGUGCAUUGUCCGGAGAAGGAGAAUGUGUCCCCUGUUAUUGCAGGCCAAUGUGGUGUAUAGACUGUAUGGGAAAAUGGUUUGCCAGUCGCCAGAACCAACAAGAGCCAGAAAGAUGGUUGGCUAGUACCUCUCCUUGUCCAACAUGCCGAGCAAAAUUCUGUAUGCUGGAUGUGUGUUUUAUUACAAGAUGACAGGCUAAGUCCUGCAUCAUUUUUUGGAAUUGACUGACAUGUUUGUUAGAAAUUAAUGGUUCUGUAGCCUCAAUUGCAUUGCAUUGUUCAAUUUUAAACAUAUCCUUACUCAGUAACUAUUUCACAAAGAUUUAACUUACUACACAAUUUAUGUCAUGAAAUGC